AAUCGCAAUUAGAUCAAGUUUUUCUCGAUAUCCAUUGCGUGAUUUGCAUCCGGAGGAACGAUAAAUCGUAUUCUUUUUUUUGGCUGACAACUGCUCGAGAAACGACGUCGCGAUAAAGAGGAAGCGCAAAUAAACCGAUCGGAGAGCUGCAGCGUACGAUACGCACGCGGUAUAAAGAUGGUAAAAAUGGCGAAGGUAUUUCGCGCGGUGACAGUAUCGACUUUGUCAAACAAUGGACAGUCAACACCUAAAUACAAUAAGCCGGUCACGCUCAGUAUCAACUAUGAUCCGCAAGGUCUUAGCGUUGAGUUCUUCGCAGGAGAUUCGACUGGGAAAGAUAAAACUACAUUAUUGGAAUUUCCGGUAACUCCUAGUACAGAAUGCUCCAGGGUAUCUUCACGAAGUUAUGUAUUUACAUUAGAUAUGGAUAGCUUACUUGUAACAUUCGCCAAUGAAACAGAUUUUCGGCACUUUCAUUCGCAAAUAUUGAAACUUAAAAAUGGCAAGGGUAUAUCUGCAUUCAAUGAAAGGACCGAAGAAUCUUCAGCGAUGCAGUACUUUCAGUUUUAUGGCUAUCUGUCUCAGCAACAAAACAUGAUGCAAGAUUAUAUUAGGACCAGUACAUACCAGCGAGCAAUUUUAGGAAAUCUAUCAGAUUUUAAAGACAAAGUCGUGUUAGACGUAGGCGCGGGCUCUGGGAUAUUGUCGUUCUUUGCGGUUCAAGCGGGCGCAAAGAAAGUGUACGCGGUAGAAGCAAGUAACAUGGCAAAUCAUGCAGAAUUGUUAGUUGCCGCAAAUAAUUUAUCGGAUAAGAUUGUUGUCAUAGCUGGUAAAAUAGAAGAAAUUGAGUUACCUGAACUAGUAGACUGUGUAGUGAGCGAACCAAUGGGUUAUAUGUUAUACAAUGAACGAAUGCUUGAAACUUACCUUCACGCGAAAAAGUGGUUAGUUCCAGGUAAACGCAUAUCCAUUAUUUUGUUGCUUGGUUUACACUCAUCAAUUCUAACACGAUCGAACGAUUCCAACACAGGUGGCAGAAUGUUCCCUUCGCGAGGCGAUCUUCAUAUUGCGCCAUUUUCUGACGAAAACCUUUACAUGGAACAAUUUAAUAAAGCUAAUUUUUGGUAUCAAACGUGUUUCCAUGGAGUGGAUCUCUCGGCAAUGAGAAAUAAUGCAAUUAAAGAGUACUUUAGGCAACCAAUCGUCGAUACCUUUGAUAUAAGAAUUUGUAUGGCUAAAUCCAUUAGACAUAUAGUCGACUUCCAAACAGCUAAUGAGACUGACUUACAUAAAAUAGAAAUUGAUGUUGAUUUUCAUAUACUGGAGAGCGGCACCUGCCACGGGCUUGCAUUUUGGUUUGACGUUGCAUUUAUCGGGUCGACGCAACAGGUCUGGUUGAGUACGGCUCCCACAGAACCUCUCACGCAUUGGUACCAAGUUCGUUGCCUUUUGGAAAAUCCUUUAUUCUGUAAAAGCGGUCAGCUGUUAUCCGGAAAGGUCAUUCUUAUUGCGAACAAAAGACAAUCUUACGACGUGACAAUAGAAUUGAAGCUGGAAGGGACGAAUAUGGAGAGCAGUAGUAACGCUUUGGAUUUGAAAAAUCCGUACUUCAGAUACACGGGCGGCGCGGUUGCGCAGCCACCUCCUGGUUUAAAUAAUAGCUCGCCCAGCGAGUCUUAUUGGACAACCUUGGACGCUCAGGGUGCCAGGCAAGCAGUGAACAUGGUCAAUGGAAUGUCCGUUAACGGUUUGGGAGAGGUUUCGAUGGACGCGACCGCAGCAGUGAACGCCGGCAAUUUACUCGCAAUAGGAGGUCAGCCAAACAUUCACCCCGGUUCGAUUUCGAGUACAGGACGGGGGCGAGUCGGUGGCACGGCGACGAGUACGCAAGCAGCGCAAUUAAUAGGCGGUGGAAUCACCCCAAACAUGUUCACAUCACCAGCAACGAUUGAUUAAAAACAAACAGGGAAGUAAAAAGAGAUAAAUGAAUACCACUUGAUUAAGAAGCUAGACAACACUAGGAUCCCAACAAGAGAAAUGCUCAGCUUUGUAUAACGCAUACAUAAAUGUGAAUUCAUGUAUGCCUACUAACUCGUGAUAUAUGUAUACUGUUUGCCUAUGUCUUUUUUAUGUAUUAUAUCUAUGUAUAAAGAGAUCAUGUUUUAAACGUACAACAAUUACAUCAAAUUGCUUGUACAUAUUCGUGCAUUGUACUUCAACGAAACUUGAUUUAUUUUACAUUUAGUACGUCGACAAUUAUCCUGCAAUUAUUCUCAGGUGAAAAUGCCAUAAAGUUCGAUAUUACGAUGUGAAUUGAUUUUCCUGAACGCUAGGAAAGGAAUCAGAUUAGUGUAGAAUCAAACUGAACAUUGAUAUGCGUUGUAUCGAUACACGAUAGCAUUUAUAAGCUCCAUCUAAUGAUACAUCGAGGAGAAAUUGUGCGCAAAUUGUAGAGAGCGAGGCGCCUAAUGUUAUCGACCAAAUAAUCUUCGUUCGUUUUACGAUCUGAAAAAAAUGUCCGUGGAAGGAACGUUUUGGUCCGGAGGGACAAAUAUUGGUGGAUCGUCGUUUUUUCAAGAUCGUAUAUCUUUCAAAUUUUUAAACGUAUUGAUGUAUUUUUAAACGGGGUUACACAUAUAUUUUUGUAUACGGUUCUGAUCGAUAUCGAAACAAAUUUAAAUACCUAUAAUGACACAAUUCUCAAGCGUCCGUGAGUACCAACGAUUUUCGAGAUAAAGAUUUUCGUGUUCGAAACCGUCGAAGCCAUCCACAAAAUACUGUACAAGGAAAUACGUAAUACCAUGCAACGAAACUGCAAUGGCUUCCAAGUCGUAAAAAAUAUAACUUGAAAAAGAACGAUCUUCUAAUUGUAGCAUUUGUUAAUUUGGACCAAACAAUCUCUUGCAGAGAUAUUUUUUUUUGUGUUGUUAGAAGAAAUCGAGAUCGUAGGGCGAUAACGUUAGCUGCCUAGACCUGAAUAAUAGAAAAUCCGUUGAUGCACAAAGUAAACGAGCAUUCAAAAGCCAAAACAAGCCAAA